AUGAUUCAGACUGAAAUAAAAGACGAGUUUCCUGAAAGUAUUGAAGGGUUUGGAUAUCACUUUAACGAAGAGGGACAAUUAAGGGACAUUAAAACAAACGAAAGAUUCGAAUUUUAUGUAAAGCCUGACGAUAACUCCUAUAACCAAACUCGCUAUGAGAGAUUGGGUGAGGCUAUCGGCGAAUAUAUCGAAAAUGAACUGGUUACAAACGAAGAUGCUCUUGAGUGUCAAAACUUAUUAUUGAUAAUCCAAGGAAGUGGUGUUGUACGCCCUGGGCAGUGGGCACGAAGAGUAAUUAUUAACGAUUGUCUCGAGCUUGGAACCAUGUAUCCAUAUAUUCAAAAGGCGCAAGAAUUGAAUUGGGGCAUUAUAGUAUUCAAUCCUAAUGAAAAUUAUAGAGCUAUAAUAAAAGAUGGAGAAGUCAUCAAACGUGAAUCUGUACGAGGCUCAGAAUCACCACAAAAACAUUGUAUUUACGUAUGGAAUAAUUUUGUCACUAAAGCUAAAGCAGAAAAAAUUUUGGUCAUGGGUUAUAGCUUUGGUGGAAUUAAUAUCACCUGUCUAAUGGAUGAAUUUG